GAAACAGGUUAGUGGAGGCCCGAGCUGAACUGCGGUGGCUGCUGGGAGAUGCCCCGUGGCUGGGACCUGGGGGUGGAAAGACCAGAAAGCAGGGUUGCUGGUCACCCCAGUCCUCCCGUGAGGAGGAGUGGGUGAAGGGCUUCCUGGGCCUGAGCAGGGCUGGCGAGACACGCCCGUUCUGGUCAGCAGACUCCAGCAGGGAAGAGGCCGCUGGGCGCGUGUGUAUGGUCACACUGCAGCCACCCUCCACGGGCACCAGGGCUCGGCCUGCAUUCUGCAGCCUUUAUGAUCACUCAAUUAUUUUCCCCCUGGGGACUGGACCCUGGCUGUCUCCAUUGAACUAUAUCCCCAGACCUUUUUAUUUUUAAUUUUGAGACAGAGUCUCACUAAGUUGCCCAGGCUGGGCUCAAACUUGGCGAUUCUCCUGCCUCAGCCUCCCAGAGUGCUGGGAUGACAGAUUUUCAGGCCCAGAGGAGAUCCUUAUCCCAUGCCUGGAUCCUGCCAACUCCACCCCUGGCACCUCGGAGAGCCCGGAAGAGAGUGGAAGGCGGAGCCAGCUCCAAUGUCUUCUCCAUGUUUGAUCAGUCGCAGAUCCAGGAGUUUAAGGAGGCCUUCACCAUCAUGGACCAGAACCGGGAUGGCUUCAUCGACAAGGAGGACCUGAGAGACACCUUUGCUGCACUGGGCCGCAUCAAUGUCAAGAACGAGGAGCUGGAAGCCAUGGUGAAGGAGGCUCCUGGGCCCAUCAACUUCACCGUCUUCCUGACCAUGUUUGGGGAGAAGCUCAAGGGCACUGACCCCGAGGAGACCAUUCUCCACGCCUUUAAGGUGUUCGACACUGAAGGGAAAGGCUUCGUCAAGGCUGACUUGUCAAACAGAUGUUUGCAGCUUUCCCACCAGAUGUGUGCGGCAACCUCGACUACAGGAAUCUGUGCUACGUCAUCACGCACGGUGAAGAGAAAGACUAGGAGACUCGAGUCUACCCUGCAUUUGGAGUCAGUGGAGACUGGAGGGGGGCUCCUGCAGCCCGAGGGCACAGGGGAGGCUCUCCCGUCCCACAGGUUGGGGUGAAGCAAGAAUAAAUCAUGCGAAGGUC